GGGCCUCCGAGUGUUUAUCGUGAGUUUGCAGGCUCGAUUCCUCUGGCUCAUGUCCUUUCUUCUUUGUUCAUUUCAUUAAUCCUCAUGAAUACCAGUGUUUUGGACCAUUCACAACAACAGUCUUACUAAGCAAUGCGGAAAAAUUCUUGGUUGCUGCGUUGUAGCUUCUAUUGUUCUGAUUAUAGAGCUUGUAGAGUGUAUUCGUCCAAAAAAGUACUAGGGUCAGAAGAUAGAGACUAAAAUGGGAAUCUUCGCACGCAGUGGAAUUGUAAGAAAUCCAAAUGAGACUAUGAGGCUUAUCAUUACGACUUUUAUUGGAGUGGUAUUUGGAUUCUUGAUAGGAGUAUGCUUUCCCACUAUUUCAUUGGCCAAGCUGAACUUCCCAUCCAGCCUGUUACCGUCCAUUGAUCUCACAUACAUUGAAGACAGGAAUUCAGGGCUUUCAUCCCAGACAUUUUUGCACCGAGCAUGGGCUUCUGUGAAGGGUGAUAGAAGCAGCUCAGCACAUGCUCAAAACUUGAAUGACACUUCAAAGAUAUGGGUUCCAACGAAUCCGCGUGGUGCAGAAAGACUACCACCAGGCAUUGUUGCAGCUGAGUCUGACUUCUACCUACACAGAUUGUGGGGUAAGCCUAGUGAGGACCUAACCAUCAAGCCGAAGUAUCUUGUAACCUUCACUGUUGGUUAUGAUCAGAAAACAAAUAUUGAUGCUGCUGUUAAAAAGUUUUCAGAGAACUUUACUAUUAUGCUAUUUCACUAUGAUGGACGGACUACCGAAUGGGAUGAGUUUGAAUGGUCGAAGCGGGCUAUCCAUGUUAGUGUACUAAAGCAAACUAAAUGGUGGUAUGCCAAACGCUUUUUGCAUCCAGACAUUGUUGCGGCAUAUGACUACAUAUUUAUCUGGGAUGAAGAUCUAGGAGUUGAGCAUUUUGAUGCAGAAGAAUACAUAAAAUUGGUUAAGAAGCAUGGUUUAGAGAUUUCACAGCCUGGGUUAGAGCCGAAUAGAGGGUUAACAUGGCAGAUGACAAAGAGAAGGGGCGACAGUGAAGUUCACAAACAAACAGAAGAGAGACCGGGUUGGUGUUCAGACCCACAUUUGCCACCCUGUGCAGCAUUUGUUGAGAUCAUGGCGACUGUGUUCUCUCGAGAUGCGUGGCGCUGUGUGUGGCAUAUGAUUCAGAACGACUUGGUUCAUGGAUGGGGCCUUGAUUUUGCUCUUAGAAAAUGUGUAGAUCCUGCAUAUGAGAAAAUAGGAGUUGUAGAUGCUCAGUGGAUAGUUCAUCAGACUGUUCCGUCGCUUGGUAACCAGGGGCAGUCGCACGAUGGGAGGGCUCCAUGGGAAGGGGUGAGGGAAAGGUGUAGAAAAGAGUGGACAAUGUUUCAAGGUCGACUGACACAAGCAGAGAAUGCAUAUUAUAAGGAAAUGGGAAUUGAACCGCCCAAGUCGACUCGUUAGGGGUGGGUGAGGAUGACAACAGAAACAUAGAUCUACUGUACAACCAUCACUGAUGUUUAGCUUAGGCGUUACAACUACCUUUGCUUGAUUUAGAAAGAAAUAGAAGUAAACCAUUCGAGUUUGUAGAGAAGAUUUUCACAAUAACUAUUUCUUUUUAAGUUCA